UUUUAGGGGUGGAAAUGGUCGAAUUGCGUCGAAGAGGGAAUCGAUUCCUGAAAAAAAGUUUCAAGCCGCUCAAAACUGUCACUCAAACGAAUUGGGGCGAAAGCCCGGCGCUCCCGUUUCCCGCUCCGGGAGGGCAAUUCGCUACCACUUCAUAGGAGGCGAGAAAUGGAUUGGGGUUUUGUGCGUAAAGCUUGGGACAAGUGGGCUUCCCUCAACAUUGCUUCUCCUGAUGAGCCAUUAAAAGCAGCUUUACUCAUCAACUACGACCCAACUGGACCAUCUCGCUUGUUGUCUACCAUCGCUGAAGAGGAAGGAAUAAAAGUGAAUCCGAUCGAAUUGAGUCAAUUUGUUGAUUUCAUCAAAUGUGACAAGCAGCAGACUGAGAGCUUCGUUAUUGGAACAAACCAAUAUGUGGUGACAUCAAUUCAUGAUAAUUGGUUCUGUGCAAGAUGCAUGAACACAUCAAAACAUUCUGGUGAAGGCGCUAUCGUUAUGCAAACAGCAGCAUUUCUGUUGGUUGGAUUGUAUGAUGGUUCUAUUGGCUCAGCAUCUCGUGCUAUGGCGGCUGUUGAUCAGUUUGCAUGGCAAUUAAGUCGAAAGAAUAUGUAACCUUGUCAAAAAGAUGCAGAUAGCGUGGUAUUCCCUGGUACCUUGCAAUUCUUUUAAUACCAACUGCACUAGCGUUAUAUUGCCCCAAAAACUAUCUAAAUUGAUUGAAUGAUGUAGACCUGGUAAAACUAUCUGAAAUCUGGAUUUUAUAACGCAAUAGUAGAAAGUUACUUAUCCUAGUAGAAAAAUGGAUGGUCCGGAUCACUUUGAAUUGCAA